AGUCAACUCGAGCGACUUUGAGCGCAUCAAAACAAUCUCGUGUUUUGUGAUAAAAAAUAUUUAUUUAAUUUGUAAUUAUUGACUGAAAUGAUUGAAGAGCACGACGAGCGUGAUACAAUAUGCGACUCAGUGAAUUCGCUUGUUGAAGGAUGUCGCUUGCCGGUUCGAAUGCCUGGAACUGAUGAUUGGCCACUAGCCGAAAUAAUAAGUCUGAAAGAAGAGCGAGGUGUCAAAUGGUACUACGUGCAUUAUGUAGACUUCAACAAAAGAUUAGAUGGAUGGAUAAAAGAAGAUUGUUUAGACACAAGAAAAGUACAAUAUCCACGUAAAGAUGGUAUAAUACCUGGUACUGGUGCUGCAACACCAAAAAAACAAAUACCAAGUAGACCACCAAGUCCAACAAUAACAAAUAAUGAACCAGUUAAUGGUACAGCUGUAUUACAAGCAGCAUUACAAAAAAAAAUAUCACGUAAAAGAAAAGCAACAUUUCUUGAUAAUGAUGAUUCACAAGAUUCACCAUUAUCAACAUCAUUAUCAUCAACAACAACACUAACAAUAACAACAGCAACUCCAACAACAACAACAUCAUCAUCAUCAGCAUCAUCAUUAAUAAAUGUAACACCAACAAGUGGACCAAGACCAACUGGUUCACUGGUUGCACAUCAUCAUGAUGAUGUUGUUACUAGAAUGAAAAAUAUUGAAUUAAUUGAAGUUGGUAGACACAGAGUUAAACCAUGGUACUUUAGUCCAUAUCCACAUGAAAUGGUUAAUUUGCCAUGUAUAUAUAUUUGUGAAUUUUGUCUUAAAUAUAGAAAAAGUCGUAAAUGUCUUGAACGACAUCUUGUUAAAUGUAAUUUACGUCAUCCACCUGGUAAUGAAAUAUAUCGUAAAGGAUCAAUAUCAUUUUUCGAAAUUGACGGUAGAAAAAAUAAGAAUUAUGCACAAAAUUUAUGUUUACUUGCAAAAUUAUUUUUAGAUCAUAAAACAUUGUAUUAUGAUACUGAUCCAUUUUUAUUUUACGUUAUGACGGAUUUUGAUAAUCGUGGUUUUCAUAUUGUUGGAUAUUUUUCAAAAGAAAAAGAAUCAACUGAAGAUUAUAAUGUUGCUUGUAUAUUAACAUUACCACCAUAUCAAAGAAAAGGUUAUGGUAAAUUAUUAAUUGAAUUUUCAUAUGAAUUAUCAAAAUUUGAGGGUAAAACUGGAUCACCAGAAAAACCAUUGUCUGAUCUUGGUUUAUUAUCGUAUCGUAGUUAUUGGGCACAUACAAUACUUGAUAUAUUAUUAACAAUGAAACCAAUGGUGGAUAAUGAAAAAGCACAAAUAACCAUCAAUGAAAUAUGUGAAAUAACAUCAAUUAAAAAAGAAGAUGUCAUAUCAACAUUACAAAAUAUGAAUCUUAUUAAUUAUUAUAAGGGACAGUAUAUUGUAACAUUAAAUAGGGAUAUAAUUGAGCAACAUCAAAAAGCGAUGGACAAAACAACAAUACGAAUAGAUCCAAAGUGUUUACAUUGGACACCAAAAGACUGGAGUGUAAGAGCUAAAUGGUGAAAGUUUUAAAUAGCAAGUGAAAUAGACAAUAAUAUUUUUAAAUUAAUUUAGAAAAAAAAACAUUAAUUUUCGGUGGUGAAAAAAAAAUUUAUUUAGAAGAAAAGAAAAAUGAUGAAUUACAUUUAAUUUAAAUGUGCAAACAAAAAAAAAACAUUGUACAUAAUAAUUAUAGUUUUUUUUUAUUUUUUAUUUAAAAUGUGUGUAAUGUUUUUAAUGAGGCUUUAAAAUAUCAGUGCACAUAAAUGAAGAAAACAGAAAAAAAAUCUAAAUUUAAAAAAAGAAACAUUAAAUUAUUAAUUAUAAACUAUUAAAAUUGAUUAGAAAAAAUCAGCUAGUCUGGUGCUACGAAAACAGGUCUAGCGUGCAUUGACCAGAUCAAAUUUUUUUAAAUACAGUGAUUAGGUAAACAAUAAUGAAAUUUAAAAAAAAAAAACAACAUGAACAUUAGUAGGAUUGUAAAUAAAUGUGAUUUUGUAAAUUGUUGUUUUUAUUAUAAACAAAUACAAAUAAUAAUAAUAAAAUUUUUCCUAAAAAAAUGGCGGUAAAAGUUACCGACUGAAAAUAUUAUAAUAGUUGAUAUUCCUACCGCUUGUUAGCGUUGCACUCAUUUUCUAUUUGUCACGAUCUUUCUUCUUGUGGAAUUAUAUAUUUUCAGUUGAAAAAAAAAUAUAUUUGCGCAAGAGC